GAAAUCAAUAAAACCUCUGCCUCCCUACGACCCUACCUUACAGUCCACGGUUAGUAGUUCACCACUCACCAUUGAUACGUCUGCCAAUUUGAAAAAGGAAUUCAAAAAUGAAUUUGUUGUCCCCAGUUGAUUUCAAAUAUUUGAUUUCACCGUAAUGACGCAAGCUUAUUCACUGUGGAAUCGACUCGUUCAAUGAAAUCUACCACAUUAUUUUGAACUGACAGCAAGAAGUGUAGUGAAAGAGAUUGUAGCCUGGACUUUCUCUGUCAUAUUGUUCACUUUACUUCCCAAAAUGUCAGGAUUCCGGUUGAUAGUUUCUAUCGUUUUUGCUCUUGUUACUGUAAGCCAUUGCCACAAAUGGCCUCCCAAAACUAAAGUACUUCAUAUAGGAGGAAUUUUCCCAAUUAAUGGAACUGAAGGAUGGCAAGGGGGCAUGGCUUGUCAACCUUCAGCUAUGAUGGCUUUAGAUGACGUUAACUCCAGAUUUGAUCUUCUACCCGGUUAUAAACUCAAAUUACAUUGGAAUGACAGUGAGUGUGAACCAGGACUAGGGGCAUUGGUUAUGUACGAUCUUCUGUACAAACCUCCACAGAAACUUAUGCUUUUGGCUGGAUGCUCCACAGUUUGCACAACAGUGGCUGAAGCAGCAAAAAUGUGGAAUCUUGUUGUGUUAUCAUAUGGUGCUAGUUCCCCGGCCCUUUCCAAUAGGCAGCGAUUUCCUACACUAUUCAGAACUCAUCCUUCCGCCACCGUUCAUAAUCCCACACGCGUCAAAAUCCUUCAAAACUUUGGCUGGUCUCGGAUAGCUAUUCUUCAACAGGCCGAAGAAGUUUUCAUAUCGACUGUGGAAGAUCUGGAAACCCGAUGCCGGGAAUCAGGAAUCGAAAUCGUAACGCGCCAAAGUUUCCUCAACGAUCCUAGUGAAUCCGUACGAAACCUCCGGCGUCAAGAUGCCCGAAUUAUUGUUGGAUUGUUUUACGUGGUGGCUGCCCGCCGAGUCUUGUGCGAAAUGUACAAACAGGGAUUGUACGGCUCGAGCUACGUAUGGUUUUUUAUCGGCUGGUAUGAAGACAAUUGGUACGAAGCCAAUCUCUCCCAGGAGAAAAUCGAAUGCACCCGCGAGCAAAUGAAAGAGGCAGCCGAGGGACAUUUGACCACCGAAGCGCUGAACUGGAAUCAAGAUAACCAAAAAACGAUAUCGGGAAUGACGGUUGAAGAUUAUCGCAAGCGACUCAACAACGAGCUGCUGAAGAACGGCCACGAUGUUAAUAUCCGUUUUCCGGACGGAUAUCAAGAAGCGCCCCUCGCCUACGACGCAGUUUGGGCGGUUGCCCUGGCGUUAAAUCGAACGAUGCAUCGACUGGCUGAAAGAGGUCGAUCACUGGACGAUUUUACUUACAACGAUGCAAUUAGUGCCGGCGAAAUUUAUUCGGCUAUGAACGCUACCCAGUUUCUCGGAGUCUCGGGAACGGUGGCCUUCAGUUCAAAAGGUGAUCGUAUUGCCUGGACUCUGAUUGAACAAAUGAUCAACGGCCAAUACAACAAAGUGGGCUAUUACGACACACAAACGGACAACUUGACUUGGCUGGCAGAAGCGCGUUGGAUCAACGGGAAAAUCCCUCAAGAUCGAACCAUCAUUAUUGAUAAAUUGAGGACGGUUUCGUUUGGGCUGUUUGUUACCAUGAGUCUCGUUUCCAGCGUGGGUAUCGCCGCCGCCAUUGGCCUCAUAAUAUUCAACGUGGUCUACCGAGAACAAAAAUUGAUCGAGUUAUCUCAACCGGCGUGCAAUAAUGUUAUGCUCGUUGGCAUCGUCCUGCUGCUGAGCAGCGUCAUUCUCCUCGGGAUGGAUGGCGAUACGGUGCCAGUCGUCCAUUUUCCCGUCGUUUGCCAAUUGAGAGCUUGGCUUCUGUGUCUCGGAUUUACUUUGGCUUUCGGCGCCAUGUUCUCCAAGGUGUGGCGAGUCCAUCGGCAAUCAACGAAAUCGAAAGAAGAGACCAGCAAAAUGAAAGAAAAGAAAAGCAGAACCCAGUCGGCUAAAGCAAAGGUUGAUUGGGUGCUGGUUGGAUUAAGUUGUAUUGACGUCAUCAUCCUCACCAUCUGGGCCAUAGUCGAUCCUCAGAUGCGCAUGGUAGAGAAUUUCCAAUUAGAGAAUCCCUCUGAUACCGAGAAGGAUAUCAAGAUCCGGCCCAGCAUGGAGCACUGCGAAAGCAAACAUCAAAACAUUUGGCUAGGUGUCGUCUACGGUUACAAAGGACUUUUGUUGAUUUUCGGUCUCUUUUUGGCCUAUGAAACGCGUAGCAUGAAAGUUCGUUCCAUCAACGAUUCCCGCUACGUGGGCAUGUCGAUUUACAACGUGGUGGUUCUCUGUCUGAUCACGGCACCCGUCAGUCUGGUCAUCUCCUCCCAGGCGGACGCUUCAUUCGCAUUUGUCACGGCCGCCUUGGCAUUUUGCUGCUUCAUCUCCAUGGCCCUCAUCUUCUUGCCCAAGGUGGUGGAAGUGGUUCGUAAUCCGGACAGGCCAGGUGACGGUGACGACGAGACGGAUCAGACGGUCUCGAAAGAAGAAGAGGAACGCUACCGCAAAUUGCAGCAAGAGAACGAGCAGCUCCAGCAGCUGAUUGCCUCCCGCGAGCACAAAUUGAAGCUGCUCAAUCAGCGGCUCCUUGAACGCAACGCCUCGGCCAAUGUCAACGGGGUCACGGCUAAUCCGGCCGUCGUCAGCCCAUCCAACAACGCCAGCACGAACGUCUCCACUCCGGUCAUGAGCGGGCCGGCUCGGACUACAACUAUUCACCUCCCUCCGGCCAAGAAAAAUAGUGAGGUCAGGUUUUCUACCUCUUCCAUGGAAAUGCUACCGAACAAGACACGCGUCGGAGUCGGGAUAAUGAAGGUCCAUUGUACCGAAACGAUCGUGACAGACACGGCUCCCAGUACGGCCACGCCCACCACCCUGGUCUUCAACGAGGAGGUGAUGGAUGGCGUGGGAGACGAGGAUCAGGAGGAAUACGAGGAAAGAGAAUGCGCCACCGGCGUUGAAUUGAUUGAGAAAAUCACCGACAGCCCCAUGUUUCAACGUGGAUCCACUCGCAGUCCAGAGGAAUCUUACCUAUGAGCACAGUAUCCUAAACUUCUUUUCAACCUGCCUGCUGAUGUAUCUCUUCUAGCCGCAAUUUUAUCAACAAAAUAUUCUUCGAUUUCAUUGUUGAAAUUGAUCAGCUGAAUUGAUUUGAUUAAAAUGUUCCGUUUAGGGAAGAUGUGUUUACACCCCGCAAAGAGUCUACGCUUUCCAAAAUAUCACAUCGUCCAUUUUCCUAAUCUUUUCAUCCCAUUUGAACUA